AUGGAUGUGAACCUGCUGCGCAGAAGCCGGUCCAAGAGCAAAAGUCGUCGAUUCGCGCCCCCCAAGAAACGAUUCCGAAAAUACAUUCGUAGCAACAUUGAAGGUAUCACCCGGCCUUCUAUCCGCCGUCUCGCCCGCCGCGGUGGCGUCGUCAGAAUCAAAAGAGACAUUUAUGCCGAAAUUCGCGUCGUGAUUAAGGAUCGUCUCACCGACAUCCUUCGUCACGUCGUUAAUAUUAUGGAUUCUGCGACCACGCCCAACCACGAGAGAAAGGUCGUGACUACCCGCGAUGUCGUUUUUGCUUUGAAUCGGAUGGGCAAGACCCUCUACGGCUUCGAUUAA